AGCAGCGAACGAGGGGAAUUCGACGGAAACAAUUGGAAGUAUCGAGCGGUAGCAGAUCGGCAGCAGGAGCAGUUGGCAGCCGUGGACGGUGCUGUGGCGUCCCAGAAACUAAAUCGGAGAGCUAGCAGCCUUUGUCGGACGGAUUCGAUGUGCUGACAAGCGGAGAAAAAGAUAAGUGGUGUUUUGCUUCCUUUGGUGUGUCUGAGUGUGGUUCUCCUAUUGAAGAAAUAAGUAGGAAACAGACACCUGGCCCAACGUUAAAUGAGUAGUAUUUACUGUCACUGAAGCGAAAAUAGAGCUAGCAUUGGAGCCUGGUGAGCAGAAAGUUAGCUUUGCAACCAUGUGUCAAAACAUCAUGAAACAGACGGGUGGUAUUAACAGCAAGUGGUAUUAUGAAUGGAGUGAGAUAUGAAAUAAAUGGAUUAAAUGCAAAAAUAAAUGAACUUGGAUAUGAUGUGAAUUGUAAAAUAAGUGGACUGGGUAAUGAAAUGCAUAAUAGAAAAUGUGGAUUAGUUUCUGAAAUUAAUCAGGAGAUUAUAAAAUAGUCUGAACAGUUUGAUAAUAAAGUGAAAAUUUUUAAAGAGGAGAUUCAGGAGGGAAUGUAUUACAGAAUUUGAUGCUUAAGUGAUUCUGUAAAAAAUGAGAUAUCACAAUUUCGCGAAAGCGUGAAAGGACAAAUUUGCCAUGCGAAAUGAGAAUGUAAGAAUGACAUUGUAACAGUAAAAAGGGGGCUAACUGCCCAUAUUAUGCAAGUUGCUGAAGGUAGUAAACAGCCAGGCGAACAGUUAAGUGCUGACUUGCAUAAAGUACAGGCCCAAGUAGAUCACGUUGAAAAACAGUGUAAUGAGGAUGAAAAAAUUCUGGUAAAAUUAAGGAGGGAAGAAACAAAUGUAAUCUGUUUGGAAGACAUGUGUGUGCUAGAAUAACUAAUUUAGAAAGUAACUUGUCAGAAUUUGUUACAGUAAUAAAUGUUUACCUACAAGAGCAUGACAUUAGACCAACAAAUAUAGAACAGAAAAUUACUAACAGUAGUAGUUAUAUAAUACUAAAUAGUGUUGCUGAGUCCUCUAAAAUUUCCUAUGUAAAACUGGCAGUUUUUGAGAUUUGAUUCCAAUGAGAGUGUACAUCCCAAAAAGUUCUGGAGUGAUUCUAAGGAUGUGUUGCCUAGGUCAUGGAAUUCCAAACAGCAAAUAGGCUUUGUGGUAUCUAAUCUUAUGGGAGAAACUCAUGUUCGGGGAAAUUUAGCUGUAGACAAGUAUGAUAGUAUGGAAAGUUUUAAGCAGCCUUUCUUUGAGAAAUACUGGGGAAAAAGAAAACAGAUGGAGGUAUUAAACAGCUUUUGGUCAGAUGAAAAGUUUCACCCAAAGAAAGACGCCAUUAAGAAGUUAGUGCAGAAGUGAGUAACUAUUUUUUCUUACAUGUCUUCCAAGUUAGAAACAGAACAAAUUAUAAUGGGGUUAGAAAACAAGCUGCCUUUGUACUGGCGAAAUAAAAUAAUUUCUGCAUCCAGAGAGGGCAUUAACAAGUUCAUUGGUUACUUGGAAAGCGUAGGGAAUCUUUUGAAAGAAAAGGGAAAUAAUAGUAGAGAUUAUAAGACUCCUGCUAGGCAAAAUGAAGUGCAAGUAAACAGGUGUUCAGAGAUCUAACCAUCACAGACGAAGUUACGGAGGGCGAGGGGGUUUUACUGGAUAUAGAAAACUAAGACAGGAACAGGAAUGGCAGUUACCAAAAUCAGCAAUCAGCUGAGAGAGCAGAACAGCAUUCCAGACAUCCGAAUAAACGGAAUGCUACAACUAAUGGCAGAUUAGGCAAUGAGGAAGACUUAUGGCAAUCUGUAAGAGUGCUAGCGUCUGCAGACUGCCAAAACGUAAGUUAAAUCCGCUAACAAAGCCGUUUGUAAGCCAUCAAGCAACACAAUAACACAGUAGUGGUGCAGGUAAUAUAAACCUACUGGAGAGAGGUAGAGAGAAUAUUUGCCUUUCAGGGAAAAAUGGCAGAAUUUUGUGAAAGAUUAGAAGAAAAUCGCAAAUCCAGGAACCAGGUUAGCAAGGAACAGGAGUUAUUUGAUGAGAUUGUGGAGCAAUAUAUUAAUCUGUCUGAGCACUGCAAUACUAAAAAGGAUCGUAUAGGGAACGUGCAAGAAAGCACUGUACACAGGGAAAGGGUAGCAAAGGAGGACAAUAUAUCGGCAGAUGAAGUCUUAGGUAGAAUAGAGGAGAUUCUUUCUGAUAGUGAUGGAGCAGUUUCAGUCAUCGAAAAAGGUGUAAGUAGAGUGGAAGGAAGCUCAUCGGAUAGUGAUGCAGCUAAAGAAGUAUAUGAAGCUGGGGGUUAUUUUGAAAACUCUGACAACAUUGAAGGAAGCAUUGCAGAAUCUGUGAGGAUCAGAGAAGGUGAAUUUUUGGAGAAAUGUUUUGACUUGUCACCGGCAGACAGAUUAACUAAAGCUGCUUCAAUUGAAGAGGAAGAAGACCUCAUAAAUAUGUGUGUUAUUUCCGCAGAAGGUAUGGGAUUCGACAGACGUGAGGUAGUACGGGAUGUGUUGGAAGAACUAGAUUCUGAAACUGUUGAAGAAUUAUCAGGACAAACGGAAAUAGAGGUUGUAGGUUUUGAUGAAAAAGUUCCUUUCUUUCUUGAUAGUGGUUCAGACGUAUGUGCAGGGUCAAAAUAUUUUGCAGAUGCUAUUCCCAAUCGGAAAGGAAUAAUUGUUAUGCCUGUCUAUAGAAUAAACAUUGUAGUAGCCACAGGUAAAAGUAGGAAAGCAGUAACUCACGAGGUCAUGUUUCCUGCAGGGAUUCAAGGUGAGCAACUCUACUGGAACAUCCUGAUAAUUUUUGGUUUAAGCGUGGAGAUGUGGGUUGGGGAGAUUUUUGCAAAAACACAAUGGGAAGGUCAAGUUUGGGUAUAACGAAGUUGUCAUUAUAAAUGGAAAGUGCUUUACAGUGCCAUUUGUAGCUAUGUGUUGUACCUAUACGACUCUGCAGGUAAAGAGGGAAUAUCAUGGGAUACAAUGAAUAUGAAGAAAGACAAUGGCGACAGUAGUAACUAAUUGGCUUCAGGGGACGCGCAUUCUUUGCGACGCCAGGUGUCUGACGAACACCAGGCAUUCUGAGUUGUUGGCAAUAUUAUUUCCUUUUCGUUUUUGUACUGUGAACCUAUUUCUUCUUGAUUCUGAAUUUUUCUUAUCAUCUGUUCUUUCUUCAUUAUCUAGUGUAUAUAGCGCACAUAGGGUUUUGUAGGAGAUAAGAGUUAUUGACAAAUCAUUUUUGAACAAAUUUUGGUACUAAAAACUGUACUAACAUACUAAAUGGUGGAUAAGGGAUGAGUGAGGAGAAUAUGUGAAAGUUUUAUAGAAUAAGGCAAUGUAAAAUAUAAGUGUCAUGAAACGUGCUUCUACCUGUUCAUGUAAAACUUUCAGAACAGAGGCAGUGUACAAAACCAAGAGAUUUAUUACAGAGAUGAAGGUGAUCAGGUUGUGUAUUUUACGACAACUGCAAACUGAAGCAAUUACUGUAAAUUUUUCAGUAAUUUUUCAUUCAUUGUGUAUUUGUAUAUAUAAUGUAAAGCUUAUGAUACAAAUAUAAAGAUUUUCUAAAGUUGAGAAACGAGUUUACUAGAAUUUAAGAGCAAAUUAGUAAAGAUUUAUGCUCAAAAGCAAAGAACUGGCAAAGUAAAGAGCACGUAUUUCAGCAGUAACUUGUUUGAGUGAAUUUUGAGUCUGAAGACUGCCUUAAUGACUGCUGUUUUGGAAUUAGCAUUGGGUAAGGAUAAAGACACAAAAGUACUAUUUACUUUUGAUUGCUAAAGGUACACCCUUUAUGGAAACUGGGUAUGAGACUCGCCUGUAGCCGACAGAUCAGUGGACGUUGAUGAUUAAAAAAUACCCAGGUGUGGAACUGGUGUAAGAAUAAAUGUGAAAAGAAGUUCCCACGCUGUUUCAUCGAAAAUUAUGUGCUGAAAAUACGAGUAUAUCAUUUUUUAUGUUGACGCUCAACAUAGCAAAGAAAAAAUUGUGAAAGAUACGAAAUGGUUCCUCCUCCUAAACUACUGUCAAAUAGGACAAGGACGUCAACAACAACGGUUUUUGUGAGAAGUAUCUGUAAAAUUGUACCAUUAUAAAGGAGAGCUACCCUCCAUAGUAUCUCCACAGAGUGUAGAUUACGUAAGAAUUUUGGGAAUAGCUUACAUUUGUAGUGAAAGCCACCCACCAAAGUGCCUUUUAUAUAGUUUCAGUGAAUUAAUUUAGUAGGUUUUUUCAUUAUGAAAAAUUAUUUUUACAAUGAAAAUGAGGAAGUGAAGUUUGAAUGUGAAGGGAAUUUGAAUAAAAACCGGUGGUAGUAAUUUUUGUCAAACGGACACUUCUUUGGUUGAAAAGAAUAAAAAAUUCGUGUUUUGGAGAAAACAUUCUUUGUAACAGUUUUUGUAAAUAAUUUCGAACUAUUGCUAUCAAGUCCAAGUUACAAAUGUUGGAUGUAUUACUGUAACAGUUAAAUGUUUCGUAAAUUUUCAUUUUUCAAUAAUCAUUUCGACAUGCAAAAUUUUUUAAGGAAUCCGCAGGUAAUUAGUUUUCGUCUGCUUAGUUAAAAUUACGUUGUGGUAAUAAUUUUGGUGUUAUAUGAACCUCAAAGGUACUUUCGGUUCAUAAGGGGGUGUGUAACGUAGCAAAUUAUUACGAGCUGUCGUCUUGCGUUGAAAGUAUAGCUUGUCGUUGAACUGGCUCUCGCGUCCGCAAAGCUGCCGCUGGCAACUGGGCCGGACGAGCUGUGUACUUGACUAACGCUGCGGCCAAUACGUUACACAUACUCUCUGUGAAUCUGAAGAAGUACUAUUAAAUAUUAAUUGAUCUUUUUCGUACUUAGUAUACCAAACUAUACGGAUAACAUAACCAUAUUGUUAAAAUUUCAAAUCAAUUACUUCAAUAUUUUCUGAGAUAAAUUUUUAUCUAAAACCCAUAAUAAAACCCCUAAUCGAGUUAGGUACUGUAAUGUAUUCAUCUAUACUAUCAAUUGAAAGUUCAACCAAGAAGAUAAACUCGUAUCAUCUAAUUUUCUGGACUUUUCUUUAGUUUCAUUACCACAUAUUUCGGACGUAAUUAAAAAGACAUUGGAAAAUUAUUAUUUCAUAGUGCUCUGGUUGUGUGAGUGUUUUGGAGAGACUGAGAGAGUGAAAGGAGGAUAUAUAUAAAGAGAGAUUGUGAUAUUUUAUUAGAACCAAGUAAAUGUAAGAGUGAGAAAGUUGUUGAGCAAUAGGGGAGUUUGUGACGUAUGUCCGAGGGAGCUUGAUUUUGUAAAAGGCAGCCAGAAGGGGCGUUGACUAUAAAAUUUGUUAGUAAUUUAUUUUGUGAAAAGGAAUCGUAUUUUGUUUUCAUUAAAAUUUUAUUUAGUUUCGCAAUUACGAAAUUUCUAGUGUAAAUUACUUGUAGAAAUGUGAUUGGCUGCUUAGUAUAUUAGAUAAUAGGAAUUCAGCCUUUCCCACGUCUUUGAGUAGGGCUUUGUGCCGCAGAUUUAGAGACAGACGCUCGAAGCCCUCUUCUGGUAAACAGCUAUUUUAAACUGCGCUGAUCAAAUUUGUAUCAAAAUGUGGAAAUUAGCGAAUUUUGUUUGCUUCUCGUGUCGUUGAGGAAAAGCGACUGCAGUAUUGGAUAUGUUGUGAAAGUUUGAGCUUUGUGAGUGGUUGAUUUUAGGAAAUAUUCGCGUGUGCACAUUUCAGGCCAUACAUGAAAACUUUGCGUGGCGUGUUUCGCACAUAUUACAUUAUGGCGAGCACUUCUUUACAAGAGGCUACUGAACGACUGAAUGUGUUAACUCGCAAGUAAUAGUGGGUCAGUGACUGUUUAGGAUGUUCAAAAUAUCGGGUGGGACUAAAUAUCUUCUGGCUGCUUUCCGGUGUGAACUUUUAACAGAAACUAUUAUACUGCACAAUUUUUGUCAGGAUAUUAAAUACGGACUCGAUAGCCAUUUUCCGUGAUUUAAAAUCAAUAAACCAGCUCUAAGCAAACUGUAGGCAUUUUUUCAAACGAUUCAUGCUACAGUCCCAAACGCACUAUAGCUUAACGAACUUCCAGCUAUUGCCCAUGGACUGGAGUUACGUGGCCUUUGCAUGGUAGGUAUUUAGCCGAAUUUUCGUCAACGCUGCUUUUGCCGGCUAAACCAGCAUCUGCCGUCGCAGAGGGAAGGGGCAGUCAACCUCAAAGCUAUCCAGGUAGGUGGACUAAUUUCUUAAAGGAUACUGAGAGAGCAACCCGCCCUGACGCACUGCGCACUUCAGAUCCAGGAAAGUCUUAAUGACCUUUUCCUUUGACUGCAAGUGCCCGCUGCCCAUUGACGUUCAGGGAAACAGAGGCACAAUUAACGCACAGCAGCACAUGAACACUUUGCAAACUCUGAAUUGCGCCAU